ACUAGUCUCAUCUCUCCAAUUCAAUCCAAAUCUCCUCCUCCUAUUAUUCUUCAGAACUCUUCAGCAAAUGGAAUUCUUUGUUUCACUUUCUUCUCUCUCUGAUCAAUCAACAGAAAACCAAGCAAGCAAAAGACAGACAAGUACAUAGAGUUUAAGAGAGGGUGUGCAAGAAAGAAACAAUCAUGUCAAUGGCUUCCAGUAACUACGCAUCUCUAUGUUCUACACCUUCACUGCCAACAAAUACACCAACUAAGCAAAACACAUUUCUUUCAUUUCCUAUCAAGUAUCAGCUCAAUCUUUCCAGGUCUAACCCCUCAUUCUCAAUCAACAAUAUUCAGAAUAAGUUAAAAUCUUCAUCCAACAUAUUAGUACCCAAAGCGUCGUCAUCACCCCCAUCGCCUACUGAAGGAGAAGAGGUCGAAAAAUAUGAGGAGUAUGAAGUAGAAUUGGACCAACCAUAUGGUUUGAAAUUUACUAAGGGAAGAGAUGGAGGUACUUACAUUGAUGCUAUUGCUGAAGCUGGAACUGCUUACAAAACUGGCAAAUUUGAGGUUGGGGACAAAGUUAUUGCUACUAGUGCAAUGUUUGGGACAGAGAUAUGGCCUGCUGCUGAAUAUGGAAGAACCAUGUAUACAAUUCGGCAGAGAAUCGGCCCGUUAACAAUGAAAAUGGAGAAACGAUAUGGUAAGUUACAGAAUAUGGGUGAGUUAACAGAUAAAGAAAUUCUCCGGGCUGAGAGGAACACUGGUAAUGUCAGCACCAAACUGAGAGAAAUUCAAAUGCAAAACUACUUGAAUAAGAUGGAACAAAAGCAAAACAGAGUAAAUGACCUUCGUGAAGGACUAAAGUUGUAUAAGGAAAAGAAGUAUGAAGAGGCACUGGAAAAAUUCGAAUCCGUAUUGGGAUCAAAACCAGAACUAGAUGAGGCUUCGGUUGCGAGUUACAAUGUAGCGUGCUGUUAUUCAAAGCUGAAUCAGUUAAAAGCUGGAAUCUCUGCCCUCGAAGAUGCCUUAAAAGCAGGUUAUGAAGAUUUUAAUAGAAUAAGGACUGAUCCAGAUCUUACGAAUUUAAGAACAUCUCCAGAAUUUGAUCCUUUAAUGAAAAGGUUUGAUGAAUCAUUCAUCAAUGAGAGUGCAAUCAACGCCAUCAAAUCUAUCUUCGGUAUAUUCAACAAAAAGUAAUAUGGCGAGGUAUAGGUUCAUACCAGAAUAUCUUAAGGUCAUCCAAAUGGAAGGCUUGUCCAGAUAAAGAUAUAUGAAGCCACCUGACCAGCUCAACCAAAGAGAUUUGAAACAUCACCCUGGAGCUGGAUUCUUUUCAUUCCGUUUGUCUAUAAUUUUUCUACUCAUAUUUUUUCUUAUUAUGUAUCCAAUUUAUUCUUAGGCAAUAACGAGAGAAGAAAUUUCCACAAAAGAAGAAGAGGCUGUUUGUGUCCUUUCGUUGUUCUUUCUUUAGAUGACACUGAGAUGUAAUCUCCUACUAAAUUUUCUGUAAUGAUACCUAUGUUUCAUAUCUUGAAAGAUGUCAAUUAUGCA